AGAGCCCAGGUCCUUCUGACUCCCAGGCCUGUGCUCUAUUCACUUAGCCAUGCUGCUUCUCGAUGGCACUUGGGGUCAUCCCAGGUCAUUUCCCUCUUUGCUCUCCUGGAAUCUGGCCUGAUUCUGCCAGGCAGUUUGUUGGUUAGGGUGGAGGCCACUGUGGGGGUGGGAGGCUGUCCAAGUAUCACUGGUGAGUGAUGCUGAAGUGGCACAGUCUGAAUCUGUCCCUCUGCCUUGGUCUGCACUCCUUUUCAUUCUCUUCCCUGGAGCCUUCAUAAGAGAAUAAAUAGCCAUCUGAGCCAGAGACAGGGGAUAGGAUCUGGUGCCGUCUUCAAUCCCUUCCAGCUCUUCGAUUCUGUAAUAGAUGAGUGAAGUGGCCACCCAGCUAAAGAGGUCCAGUCUAGGACACUUAAACCAUCCCAGAAUCCCAUCUGAUUCUGGGAUGGGGGAACCUAAUCUAGCUGGGAUGUGUUUGGAUGCUGAAGUGGUGGGAGAGAGUAACACUGUUUAUGACAUAAUAAAAGGUGGUAGAAUUCACGUGGAACUCCUGGGAGCUUAAGGAGGAUCUUUGCCUGCCACUGUCUCCUCCUCUGAGAAGAUUUCCCGGCUAAUUGAGAAUCGGUCACUUGUUCAUCUACCCAACUAAAGCAUCAAACUGUUCCCUGGUCUCUCACUGUGAAGUUUACUGUCAAAGGACCUAAAGAGAGAGAAAGGACUUGAGAAGCGAUCUGGCCCUAAAUUGGGUUAGAUUGGAGAGAGUGAGUCAUGAAGCUUCUAUCGAUGCUACUGCUGCUGCUGAAAAUUGAGCUCCUGCUGAUCUCCUCCUGCUCUCCCAGCCUGACCCCUGCUCUUCACUCCCCUUCUACUAGCCUUGGGGCUAGAGAGAAAACCGCUCCAAGGCAACUCCAGAGACAGCUUCGGGCUCUCAAGAUCAAAACGGAUCUUCUUCGGACCUUUGUCCAGGGGAAGAGCCACAACCCAGAGCAGCAAAUCCGCAGAGUUCGCCGAUCCUUGGUAGAAAACUUCUUGGAUGAUCUCUGGGAUCAUAUUAGGGACUCCAUCCCACGGUCAGCUCUGUAUGCCAUUCCCGUCACUUCCGGCAUAAUGUUCCUUCUCUGCUGCUUCACUGUUCUUGUGGAUGACCCAACUCAGUGAAAAACUGCCAGAAGACUCCAGCUAUUCCUGAAUCCAACCUAAGGGGGAGUCAGAGAUUCCAGGUGCCAGAUAUCUAUAUUGGGAAUUCCUAAAAAUAGGAAAACUACGGUGGGCUAAUCUACUUAUGCUUAAAUUUCUUUUGGUUUUCAAGGAAUAAUAUCCUUGCCAUGCAGAAUUAAAUUUAAUAUUUUAAAGUAAA